CUUUUUUAAUAAUUAUAAAAACAAUUUUCGUUUUUCCCGCCACAAAAUUUGCUUAGGAGAAUUCAAUGGAUAACGAGGGAUCAGAUAAUCGUCGGGUGAACGUCGGUUAUAUUCCGACGCUUUCCGAAUUCCGAUAGCAUUCCGACAUUUUACGAACAGGUGUAAUCAACAAUGGCGUCGCAUGGCAACAAGAUGCAACUACAUUCUAUAUAAACAAUACAACACAGAUCGAACACAAGAAGCAGCACAUCUGCAAAAAGACAAGAUCUCUCCGUAUCUUAACUAGUAUCUGCUUAUUAUAAAUCUUGGAUCUUUCUGAACCAUUAAAGAGAUGGCCACUCGUUGUAUUUGUCAGAUUUGUACAUGCGGGUAAGUUCGCCAAACAUGUUUACGUAUUUUUUUCUUUAGAUUACUAUAAACUGCUGCAAAAUGUAUUGCAAGGGCAAUUUCCAAACAAUUAGAGUACUUGAAUUUUAUACACUGAUUUAUAUCAGUGCCUUGACACAUUAUUUAACAAGAUUUAUAGCCGUCCAUAGUAGGCACAUAAAGUUAGGAUAAGAAUCGAUUAUUGCUUCAAAUUUUAAUAAUUGCAGGUUCGAAAAUUUAUAAGUACAUGGAUUUUACAGUUGUGUAAUAAAUAGAUAGGAGUUAAGAUAAUAUCCUAAGCUUUUGUGAUUCAAAACAAAGUUGAGAUAGGUAUUAUAUGUAUAUAGUGCACGCUUACAAAGGAUUAUAACAGCUUUAACAUGCAAUAAUUUUGAUUUUGCAAAUACAAGUUCAGUGUUAUUGCUGUCGUCUUAGCAACUACAUUUUUGUUUACAGUAUUAACUAUUAAUGUACGACCUGUAAUAAAUAAGAUAAUUUAACUGCAAAUUGAACUUCAAUAUGUUCCCUCUACGAGUUCCUCUUGAGUAGAAAAUAUAUUUCCACAUAAAUUUUUACAAUAGAUAUUCAUCCUAGUGAAUAAACAUCUGUCAUGUAUAAAAAUACAUAUUGGGUCACUUGUGUCGGACUUUUUCUUGGGUGGGCAUAGCUUCUGCUGAGAAUUUUAUAUCUUGAGGCUGUUAUCAGUCAAACUUGCAACUUAUAUACCCAGCAUAUGUAAUAGCAUUCUGCUGCUUCAAAACUUCUGCUGAAGUUUUGAAGCAGCAAAAUUCUAUUAGAUAUGGUUAUUAAACCUUCAUGCACAACUGUGACAGAAGGUUAACAAGGGUUCCACACGUGUGCACCACUAUUUUCUACCUCUUGAGAGACAGAAUUAAACCAAGUCUACUGUUUGCCCUAAAAGAUGUAUAUGGGUUGGAACAUGUUGACAUUAGAACAGGUAGCACAGAAUGAGAUAACUUCAGCAUGCAUUUAUGAAUGAUAAUUAUUAAUUAAUUAUUAUUAAUUAACUUUUAUCAUAAUUAUGUGAUCUUUAGGAGACACAGGUGUAUUCACCAUCCUGAAGUACGAGCAAGACCUGGGUCCAAAUGUCUUCUAUCUGAAUACAAGGACACAUAUCGUAAUGUAGCUGUACCUCGUACCAUGCCGAUCAAGCCAGAUGGUGCUCCAAAAUUCUCAAAUGAGCCAGUUGAGGGCAAGACGACCAACAACAUGACAUACAUUCCACAUCAAGUACAACCUCCAAGCAAACGAGACAAGGAAGAGUAUCGUAAGCCUCAGGGGGAUGUUGAGAAGACAUCAAGUUAUACCUACGACUAUAUACCACACAGGACUAACCCUGCAUCUACAGCCAAACCAUUGCAGAAGUAUGUGGCAAGUCAAGGUCCAUUUGAUGACGGCACCACCCAUAACCACACCUAUAUUCCGUGGGACCUCCAUGGUGCAAUGGUGAAAAGCAUGAGACCUGAUAACUCGCUGAAGCCAACAGAUGGCAAAAUGGAUUCCAAAUCCACACAACAAUUGGAUUUCCCUGGCCACUAUGGUGCACGAACACAACCCAUCAACCCGCCAGCCCCUGCAUUCCGACUGUCGUCAGCACCCAUGGAAGGCAAGACAACAACAAAGGUUGAUUACACAAAGAAGGAUAUCCAACCGAGGACCGCAAUGAAACCAAUGUACGAGUAUCCUACAGACAGACCACCACUAGACGACAUGACAACUUGUAAUCGUGAUUUCACCUGGCAAGACGGCAAGCCUGCAAUGAGUUUUAAACCUCCUGCUGCCCUAAUGACAUCUGGUGUUCCCUUUGAAGGUGAUACGAGUUACCUGAACACUUUCAAGCAAUGGCCAUUGACGAAACGCGAGGCUAGGGAGAAGGAACUUUACCAACCACCUACAACAAAGUUUGAUGGGACAACAUCAUUUCAACGUGAUUAUGUGAAACAUCCAUUGUGUCGUGCCAAACUUGCAAAACCAGAUGUCUAUGCUUUUGCAUCCAAACAACCGAUUGAUGAUAGCACUGAACAUAAUGACGCAUUUAAACAAUGGAAUGUCGGCCUACCUGACAGGGUUCGUAAACCUGAUAACUACAGAGCACCUACGAUGAAGUUCGAUGGACGAACCAACUAUCAAAGUCACUACACUGGUGAUUUUGCCUUACCUGCUGAGGCUGUGAAACCUUUAAUGAAUGCCCGAGCCAAAGGCGAUAUGGAAUUUAAAACAAGCUACAAAGAUACAUACAAGGGUCAUCGACCACCAUCAUGUCCUGCAAAGUACCUUCCAUCUGGUCCUUCUGCAACAACCAAUGGUUUUGCAUACACACAUGCUGCACAUGGACACACCUUCUAUAGACCUGCUAUGGGUCAGAACAAUGAACCUAUGCAAACACAGGCCUGAGUUGUUACUCAUGCAACUGCAGGUAUAUAAUAGAGAAUGCAUCAAGUUUAGAAUGUCGUGUUUCGAUACAAAAGGAAAUGGUUUCACUAAGAACAACUUAACAAAAUUUUAACAACUGAAAUCUAAAUGCCAAUUAAGACCUUUAUGCUUUACUAGCUGUGACAUCAGGCCUUGCCCUAGGAACAUGCGGAUACCAUACAUUUGUGAUUGAAUGGGAAGAAAAACAUAAAAUGUGCACCUGGAAAUGCAAGAUUCACCAACAUACAUUACAUUGUUCUGUGGACAUUACAAUGUACAUCUUUGUUCUGUAGAUGCACAGCAUGCAUGGAUUGUAAAAUGUAAAGAUAUUUAAUCAAUUGCACUGAAAAUAAAAUGGAAUGAAUAAAAGAAAAGCAAAAUCACUUGUAUUUUCAUUAUGUUUUACUGUUCUGUCAUUAAAUAUAAAGUGACACAAAAUUACAGUCUAUGUAUAUGAUUGUGGUUAUAGAGAGGUCUUGCUAGUGAGAUUCUUUUCAUAUAUUGUGGUUCAAUGACUAAUAUUAACUGUAAGUUUUCAACUUCACCGGACUUCUAUCUAUGACUUUUUUCAAAACAUCAAAAGCAUCUCAGUCACCAGGCUAGACAUCUCGGUAACCGGAAUCACAUGCCAAAUAGUAUAACUAUUAAAUGCUUUUAGCUUUUGUAAUGCUCUCUUUAAUAACUUUAAUUUAAAAAGUUGUCAAUAUAAUACAAUAAACCUUACGGUUUUAGAACUUGUACAAACAUUCAUGUUUGUCACUUCAUGAAAUUUCUGAGGUUAGGUUGUCAGGCACUUGAUGAUAUUUCAUGAAGUUCGGUUAUCUUGCACUUGAAACCAAGCUGCUUUCUAGCUGUCAUUGUUGUCAAGGCUGUAUUGGGGGGGGGG